CUUCCCGAGCGACAAGCGAGAGUUAUGUUCCCGAUGUUUUGCUUUCAUCGCCAUUCGCUUUUUCAGAAAGCAGCGAACAGUUACGGUUUCUCUUCCGGAGAGAGGAAUCUUCUCCUUCUAGUCCUUCGUUUGAUUUUCCUUCCGUCUCUGGUCGUUUGAUUCCCCAGGCUGGACCUCAGGGGGAUCUCCCGUAUCGAAUACUCUCAAGUUCUCAACACUAUAUCUAUUAUCGGGCAGUCUCCGUGUUCAACCCACGAGAGAAAUGCCUGCUUUCGGCAACACCACAGUCAUCAACAAUACUUCGGCAGCACUCUCCAAUGGCGUCUCUGACAUCGAACCGGGCUCUGCCAUUGUGGGCUGGGUGAGGGCCAGUGAUGAUCGCGGCACUGUCGACAUUCUGUUUUCUUGCUGCCUCACCAUCGUUCUCUGCGUCUGGGUUUCAACAUAUCCCAACGUGCCAUCUCCUCAAGACCGCUGGUAUCACCAAGUCAGGGAUAAAUUCAAUCUUGCUUGCAUCGGAUUCCUGGGCCCCGACUUCCUAUUCGGUAUCGCCAUUGGCCAGUUAACGAGCGCGAGAAGGAGUGUUAAGAUGUUCCGCGACAGUCCCGAAUUGCUCGAGGGACGCCUAUGGACUCUGACACACGCCUUCUAUGCUGAUAUGGGGGGAUUCAUACUCACCAGUCCCGACUACCCACUGGGAUUUCCCAUCGAUGCCGAGCAGCUAUAUUACCUCGUGAAACACGGCCAUUUGGACUUCCCACGGUUGACCCUGGAUAGGAUCAAGGAGAAGAGCAAGGCAGACACGCUCUCCAGAAUCCUUGUCCUAUGGCAAGUUAUCUGGUUUAGUGCCACGGAGUUCCACCGCAUCGCCAACGGCCACCCCAUUACUACCCUGGAGUUGACGGCCUUGACAUUUGCCUGCGUCAUGGUCGCGACUUCGGCAGUCUGGUAUUUCAAGCCAUCCAUCGCAAACGCAGAAAUCCUUGAGACGAGGGAAGGGCGAACAGUCGCUUUUAUUCGAGACUGUGCUCGACACAAGACUCACCCUAACCUACCGAUCAAGUGGUACCGGACCCCACUUGAUUUCAUCUCACGCCGUAACUUCCACAUAGACAAGCACUGGCAGUACUAUUCACGUCUGACGCACAUUGUCGGCGUGCCGUUCUUCAGUCGCGAGGUCAGGACCGUCCCCUGGGACCGCUUCCCCUCCGAUACUUGGAUUGCUCCAGAGGGCUGGAUCAUUCCUUUUGGUCUCCUCAUCCAAAUCCCGUUCAGUCUUGCCUUCCUCGCCGGCUGGGACAUGCACUUCCCCUCCGAAGGGGAGAUGUGGGCCUGGCGGGCCUGCAGCAUCUUCCACGCCGCCUACUCUCUCCUUGGCACCGUCUACUUCAUGUUCGGUUCACUUCGCGGCAGGGGCGAGAGGCUCAUCAGCCUCCGGACAGUGGGGGGCCUGGUAAAGAGUCAAAGCGACGUCAACUCUGGCGCGACGCAGAACCAUACGGAGCUCUCUUCGUCUUCCGACUUGGAGUCACAGCUGGUGCAGGACGACGUUACCCUCAAUGGCCUUGGAGCCCUCCGUGCGAAGACAGGGGCGGUCAAGCCCCUGAGGCGUGCGAAGACCGGGUUCACAACGUGGGUUGCCCGCUGGAGGAAUAUCUCGCUUGACCAGGACCCCGAUAUGGAGGUACCGCUUCGAUGGAUGGUACCCUUCCUCAUACCGACCUUUCUGUAUAUCUUUUGCCGCCUUUACUUCUACGCCGAGGACUUCAUCGCCCUUAGACAACAACCCGAGGCUGUGUACCUUGGCCAUGAGCGCUUUAUCCCUUUCUUCUAAUGUUAUGAUGAUUAAUUCACCAGUUUGCAGUACGAUAAGACGGUUGUUAGACCUUUGGGAUGUUUAGAUCUUCCUUGUCUACCUACCGCAGGGGUAUUCCAACAGAGCAAAAUGAAUACCGAUGAGCUCAGCCAAGACUUGCAGCACUCAAUUGAAUAAGUUACCCAUGAACAUCUCGGAAUCAAUAUGAAAGGCCAUUCUCGCUCUAUUACGAGCUAGAGAGCCAAUUAGCUAGCGAACCAAUUCUGUAUAGAGAACUAUUAAGUGGGUAGUCACGAGGAGUGGAAAGGUAGUAGCGAGAGGGUAGGGAGUAGGCGUGGAUUAAGUGGUAGUUAUAACUAGUAUAAAUAUAGGUAGUCCCGAC